AUGAAGCCUCUUCCCGUUCGUGACAUCAAGGCCAACUGUGUUGGUAAGCUCGUUACUGUCACUGGUAUAGUAAUUCGAGCCACAGAAAUCAAACCCAUCGUGGAGGUUAUGACCUAUGCUUGCGAUACUUGUGGAGCUGAAGUCUACCAACCGGUGAAUGGCCCAUCAUUUAUGCCAGCCGUGAACUGCCCAAGCAAAGACUGUGUGGAGUCGAAAGCAAAUGGUCGCUUGCAUAUGCAAGUACGAGGUUCGAAAUUCGGCAAAUUCCAGGAGAUCAGAAUCCAAGAGACCAGUGAUCAAGUUCCUGUGGGUUCAAUUCCACGCACACUCACGGUCAACAUCUACGGUGAAUCUACUCGCCAAUGUGGUCCGGGAGAUCACGUCCGUAUUUCUGGUGUUCUGAUUCCUCUGAUGAAAACAGGAUUCCGUCAAGGCGGAGGCGGUCUUGUUGCAGAACCAUACUUGGAGGCUCACUACGUUGAAAACAUUCGAAAUAGUAUCGAAGAUAGAGAAACUGGAGAAGACGAAUUAACUGAGGAGGAAGUGGAGCUGCUCUCUCAGGAUAAUCUUUACGAUAUGCUUGCCUACUCCAUCGCUCCAGAGAUUUAUGGCAUGACGGAUGUGAAGAAGAGUUUGUUAUUAGCUCUUGUUGGAGGAGUUGACAAAAAUGCUUCUGGGAUGAAGAUUAGAGGAUGCAUCAAUGUGCUGCUGAUGGGAGAUCCAGGAGUAGCCAAGUCCCAGCUGCUAUCGUAUGUAAGUCGCCUCGCUCCUCGAUCCCAGUACACCACUGGACGUGGAUCUUCUGGCGUGGGUUUGACUGCUGCUGUUGUCAAGGAUCCUCACACGGGUGAGAUGACACUCGAAGGUGGAGCUUUGGUCCUCGCUGAUCGAGGGCUCUGCUGCAUCGAUGAGUUUGACAAAAUGAUGGAAAGCGAUAGAACAUCGAUCCAUGAGGUUAUGGAGCAGCAAACCAUCUCCAUUGCAAAGGCGGGUAUCAUGACUACGCUGAAUGCGCGAGUAGCUAUCGUGGCCGCUGCUAAUCCUGCUUUUGGAAGAUACAACCCCAAGAGAUCCAUUGAGCAGAACAUCGACCUUCCUGCAGCCCUUCUUUCAAGAUUCGACAUCCUUUGGCUCAUCCAAGAUAAACCAGACAGAGAUGCUGACAAGCGCCUCGCUGCUCACAUAACCUAUGUACAUAUGAACUCUAAACAACCCGAGAUAGAAGGAAUCAAGCCGAUUGACAUGAAACUAAUCAGACGCCUUAUCGAAGUCGCACAACGAAAACAACCAGUGGUAGGAGAUGCUCUACGAGAACGACUUGUUGAAAUGUAUGUGGAUAUGCGCCGUGCAGCUCGAGAGAGCGACGAUUCGACUUUCACAUCACCUCGCCUUCUGCUCUCAGUAAUCAGAAUGUCUACUGCCUUGGCUCGUUUACGUCUUUCCAAUGUUGUUUUGCCUGGAGACAUUGAAGAAGCUAUCCGCCUGAUGCAAGCAAGCAAAGAUUCGCUUCGUCCUGGAGUAAUGGAACAAGAAAUUCGCCAAUCACCAGUUGAUCGUGCAUUUGCGGUUCUUCGAGAUCUCAACUCAGCAAGUGGCGAUUCUGUGAUUCCGCUACAAGCGGCUAUCGAAGCGUGCGCUCGCAAAGGAAUCAGCGAAGAAGCACUUCGAGAUGCUGUUUCAGUUCAUCAAUCAAAUGGUGUGAUUAUGGUCGACGCGCAGCAGAGAAUACGCUUUGUUAUGAACUGA